AUGAGUUCGGCACGGAGUGGUCUUCUUCUUGUCAGUAUUGCACUUUCUUGGUUAAUGUGCUUAGCUGCACCUCAUGCAGAAUUUUCUGGAGAUCCUGGUUUACAUCAGUUUGUUUCGAAAAAUAAGGAGUUUGCCAUCCGGAUAAAGGCUGAUCUCCUUGCAUUGAAUAGGCUUGUGCGUAAAGCAUUCAGCUUUGGCAGCAACAGAGAACUGAUAACGAUAGAGAAGCUUUUGGGCAUUCAACAAGUUAAUAUCUCUCAUUGCCAGCAGGAUCCCUGUGACAUGGAAAGCUGCUUCAAUCAGAUACAGGCAGGCCUCCAAACCUACUCCGGCUAUCUGUCAUAUAUUCACCAAAUCUUAACAACUUACGCUGACCAAGUACUUAAUAUUCAACUGGAUAUUUCCAACUUGUCCCGCAACAUUCAACAACAGAUGGAAGAAAGUAGUCUGACCAGUGUUGUCUAUCCACCAGCAGAAAACGAGCCUAAAUUUGUGGAAGUUCAAAGAGAAAUUGGAAGCUACCUGGUUCUCUGCAAACUCCAGAUAUUUAUGGAUAUGAUUUUCCGGGCCCUGAGGCACUGUAGUACAUAA